AUGAAGUUCACCUCCACGAUUCUGGCCACUGCUGUUCUGGCUGGCACAUCUCUUGCAGCUCCCAGAGCUGGCCUGGAGGACCGUCUGCGAGCCCGUGGUGUCCUUCCGCGCCAGUCGAGCCCCUCGGACAAGAAUAGCAUCUUGCUCAAGGAAGGCUCUGCCGGAGCCGACGUUGAAUACAGCAAGAACUGGGCUGGAGUUGUGCGCGAGCAGCCGCCUGCUAGUGCUACCUACACUGCUGUCUCGGCCACCUUCACCGUCCCCGAGCCUACCGCUACUGACGACUCCGGUGAUAUGCAGGCUGUGUCUGCCUGGGUUGGUAUCGAUGGUGAUACCUACACUCAGGCAAUUCUGCAAACUGGUAUCGAUGCCUAUAUUCAGGAUGGCCAGAAGACGUACGAUGCCUGGUAUGAGUGGUACCCCAAGAACGCCGAGAACUUCGACAUCACUUUGACGGCUGGCGAUGUUAUCGUAGCCAAGGUUGAAUCGUCCUCGCCGAGUCAAGGUGUUGCUAUCAUUGAGAAUAAGUCCACUGGUCAGAAGGUGACCAAGUCUCUGAGUGCGCCCUCUACCACGGCCACUCUCGGUGGCCAGAAUGCCGAAUGGAUCGUUGAGGAUUUUAAUUCUGGUGACACUAUGGUCCCCCUCGCCAACUUUGGCAAGGUUGACUUCACAGGUGCCCAAGCUAAGGCCAAGGGGGCCAGCUAUGGUGUCCAAAAUGCCGCGAUUCUGGAUAUUCAGCAAGAUGGCGAUGUUAAGGCUCAUGUCAAGGUCCUCAGUGAUACUGAGUUCACCGUUAGCUAUCAAUGA